AUGCCCCACAUGCGGGUUUCAUUGUUAGCAGCGUUCGCGGCGGUGGCUGCCACUGCGACGGCGCUACACGUCGCAGAAAAUCAGACUCAUAUCACACUCGCCAACGAUCGACUGACAGCUGUUCUUCGGAAGAGUGUGGGCCAGAUCGUUGAUCUCGCUCUAGAUGGCCAGGAUUUAUUAGGCGCCCAGUCGGGAUCCACAGGAAUAGGCCCCUAUCUUGACUGUUACUGUAUCCCUUCAGGCUUCUACACAGCUGGGGCCACAUCCCCGAGCAUGGAAAUAGUCCAGGGCACAGAUUCAACUGGAACCAAGUAUGGAGGCAUGAUUCUGAGCGACACAUACACCCCGACUGGCCAGCAAUUCCAACAGUACUGGUUUCUGCGCGAUGGUGAGACUGGUUUGCAUAUGUUCAGCCGAUUGGCCUAUCAUAAUGCAACCACACCCUACCUUCGCAAUCUGCAGGAGUUACGAACCUUGUUUCGUCCAAACAGUGAUCUCUGGACGCAUCUGACGUCUAGUGAGAUCCAGACCGCACCUCUACCAAGCAAGGACGCCAUUUCAAAGCAAAUCGUUGUCCAGGAUGCAACCUGGACGUUCAACAACACGCCAAGCGACCCAUACUACACCCAGUUCUCUGACUACUUUACUAAAUAUACAUUCUCAAACCAGUGGAGAAAUAAUAGUGUCCAUGGCCUCUAUGCUGAUGGCAGCACCUCAAAUGGGGCAACGUAUGGAGCAUGGCUGGUGAUGAAUACCAAGGACACAUAUUACGGUGGUCCACUCCAUUCUGACUUGACAGUGGACGGUAUCGUUUAUAACUAUAUCGUGUCAAAUCAUCAUGGGGAGGGCACGCCAAACAUCACAAAUGGAUUUGAUCGAACGUUUGGUCCACAAUUUUACCUUUUCAAUGGCGGCAAAAGCUCAGCAUCCCUCCAGGAACUGAGAUCUGAGGCAGAAGAACUAGCAAAUCCUCACUGGAACGCUGCGUUCUAUGAUUCUAUUGCAAAGCAUGUUAUCGGAUAUGCUCCCUCGAGCCAGCGAGGUAGUAUCAAGGGAACUGUGAAACUUCCCAAGGGUGCUGUUCGCCCAAUUGCGGUUCUCACUGUUGAUGGUCAAUAUUUCCAAGAUAAUAGCGCUGUUCCAAGCUCCUAUCAGUACUGGACUGAUAUCAAUCAACAUGGAAGCUUCAACAUUGAUCGUGUUAAAGAAGGGAAAUACCGACUUACCGUCUACGCAGAGGGCAUAUUUGGUGACUUUGUGCGUGACGGCAUCAUCAUUCAUGCAGGAAGGCAGACCGCACUGCACGAUAUCUGGAGCCAAGAGUCGGCAGGAACUGAGGUCUGGCGAAUUGGGAUUCCCGACAAGUCGUCAGGGGAGUUUCGACGGGGCAAUACGAGAGAUUCAACGCACCCGCUCCAUCCUCCCGAAUAUCUUACCUAUUGGGGCGCUUAUGACUGGCGUACUGAUUUCCCUGAUGGUGUCAACUACACUAUCGGUACUAGCAACCCUGCUACUGAUCUUAACACUGUCCAUUGGUCGGUCUUCGGGCCAACAGCAAAGGAUUCCCACGUCGAGUAUGAUACAACGUACGACUGGAACAUCCAUUUCAAACUCAACCCCAAGCAAUUGCGCAAGCGUAAGACAGCCACAUUAACUUUACAACUAGCGGCCGCAAAGACCGCAGCAGGCAACACAGAUGUGUGGAACUCCAUCGAGCCAUACAACAAUUUGUCCUUAGAAAGCUAUAUCAACAAUCAGGCAGAUCCCCUGACUCUCAUGGUUGGGUUCAAUCAGUCAAGCAGCUGCAUUGUGCGGUCUGCUGUAAGCUGCUACCAGAUUGGGUCAAGAAUGGAGUUCCCUGCGGAUUGGUUACACGUCGGAGAUAAUGUCUUGCGAUUGCAUUUACCUUUCAACGCAACGGAUACAGAGACUGCCAUUCUCCCGGCUACUGUCUAUGUGCAGUACGAUGCUAUCCGACUAGAGCUGCAGUAG